AUGUCUUGCACAGGCGAAUGCAAAGUACCCAAAAAGUUGAAGCUGAAGAAGCCGCUGCAUGCCACUGAUGAUGACGACCACAUCUGGGGUAGCGACGACGACAUCGAUACUUACGCUGAUUUGCAAAGAGCUCAUGUGACCCAAGGUUACAUAGACGGAAUCACUCAGGCACAAGAGGAGGGAUUGCAGAAGGGCUUCGAUGAAGGUUUUCCAUACGGCGCUGCCUUGGGAAGCCGAGUAGGUCGCGUCCUUGCUCUUCUAUAUGGUAAACCUGAGUUUGACCAAGCCAAGAAGGAGCUCAAUACCAUUUUGAUGACUCGCUAA